AUUUUCGAUACAAAAGAUUUACUAUUAUCUAUCUAAUUAUGUUUAUAUUUCGUAUUCAUUCAUAGAUAGAAACACUGAAUAGAUAAUAGUGAGUUUUAUGUCGCUAUUUAUUAUUUACUUUAAUGCAAGGGGUACGGAGCAAUAUGCUUCUAUUAUUAACGGUGCAAAUAAAAUUCAAAUCUUUCGAUCAAUUAAAAAUGAAAGAUAAAGGAGUUAAAUAAUUAUAUAUUGUCAAAACUGAACUUUCGGUUUUUAUUAGCGUAAAACAGAUAGUAGAUAAUGGACAUAAAAAAAGAUAUAAAUGUCAAAAAAUCAAAGUAUCUCGAGUGAGAGGCAUCUUCCCCUUGUAUCGUUUCCCUCCAAUAGGAAUCGUUUGUGCAGACCCGUAGUUUACAAAGAAAUGAAUUUUGUCAAUAAGUUUCACUAUAAUGUUGUAAACAUCAUUGUCCUUGGAAAACUCUAAACGUACCGUUUUCUUCGUUAUCGUGGUCGUUCAGGCAAAAUAUGUUUAUUAUAUGCACCAAGAUUGGCACUGUAUAAAAAAAAAUUAAGUUUCUCUAUAUUCAAUGUGUCACGAUGAAACAUUCGAUUUCACGCGAUUAUAAAUUUAUGAGUCGCGGGAGUGUUGAAUUACUCGUUUAUUGAUCGCUGUCAGUGACAAUAAUCUAAGAAACUUGUGAGUGUUUCGUUGCCAAAUGUUAUCGUACUAUUCCAAACAUUAUGUACUUCUCUAUAUUAAAGUACGCUAUUGUGAUUUGUCGAGGAACCGAUAACCUAACAACUAUAUCGAAAAGUUAGAAAAAUUUCGCAUAACAUUUCACACAUGAAAUUGUAACGACAUUUAAUGUUUGGCAGCUUAUUUCGAGUUUCGCGUGUGUAUUACAAAACAAAGUGUACACGUAUGUGACGCAAUGUUGUAAUUCAAAUAUUUACGGAAUUGUUACACGACGAGAGGAAUUAAUCGUACUUUACAGAAGAUUGCAAAAUUGUAUAUUUUUAUAUAGUGAAAAUGGCCCAUGCCUCGUUACCGAAGCUUAUUUGCACUCCGAUAAAUACGUCAAGAAUGUGUCCAUCAGAUUUCACUACUACUCUAUCUGAUGUGUUACAAUCGGAUCCAGUAAAAAGGUUACUCAAUCAACCAAAUAUUAUUGUUAAAAGGAUACCUUUAAAAAUAAAUGCAACAUCUGUCUCCAACGAUAAUGUUUUAACAAACAAAAUACAUGAUGUAGAUUCAAAUGUAAAUAGAACAAAACAGUCAGAGUUGUCAGUAAUACCUUUACAGACAAAUCAAGAGGAAGAUACAGAAGAUAAAAAUUUCCUACCUUCUAAGAAGCAUGGUAAAUCAGAAAUUACAUUAGUUCCUGUUACAAGAGAAAGAAAACCUUGUGGUCAUUACGAACCUUGUGAAAAUAUUAUAUGCGAUGUGAUAGUACAACAAUAUGUAGAUCGUGAUGGAUCAUCGCCUAUGUUAGCCAUUAAUAUAGAGGAAAGUGAAAUAGAUGCACCUGUUUCAAAACAUUGUGCAAAUGAAAUGUGUGAUGCAUUAAGUAUUGAUCAUGAUCGUUGUCGCAGAGCUAUAAUUAAACUAAAUAGAUGUAAUCAAUCAAUAGCUUGUGAUAUUUGUGGUGUUACAUUACAAACACAAAGAUCUCGUAUAUGUCACAAGAAUUGUAUAAGAAAAAACGAAUACAGGCAUAAUGAAACAAGCAGUGCCAAAAUAUUAAAAGAAAGAAUGAGAGAACGAGAAGUUCAAAUAAUUGAAGCUUCUAAAAUGAAGAGAAAUGAUUAUACAGAUCCUAUUACAGGGUAUAGCCUUGCAAUGGAAACUUUAAAAAAUAACAAAGAAUUAAUUAUUAUUCCGAAAUCAGUUCCCUUACAGCAACAACAACCACCUCCUUCACAACCACCACCACCACCAUCACCACCACCACCACCACCACCACCACCACCACCACCACCACCAACACCACCACCAACAACAACAACAACAAUUACUAUAAAUCCUAUGUCCACAAAACAAUCUACUUCACAAAUAAAUAAUGUAAAUAAUGUUUUUGGAAAACUUUUAUCCAGUAUACCAAUUGUAUUACCACAACAAAGUAUAGUCCUCGGCAAAACACAGUGUUCUAAUGAAAAUAGUAUAUCUAAUCCCAUACAAUUAGCUGUAUCAGAAGCCUUAACUAGGUCAUUCGUAACAACAACCAGUACAGUUUCUUUACCUCAAAAUCAUUAUAUUACAUUUACAACACAAGCUAAUACACAUCCGAUACCAAUAAAUGAAUUACUCUUGCCACACUCACAAAUUGUCACAACACCCAUUCAGCCUAAACCAUUGUUAACACCUAUACGCGUUGUACCUAUAACUAACUUAAUAACAGAACCAUCCUUACUGCACCAAACACAGGGUAUACCAAAGUUUUGUAUCAUGCCAGAUGAUACAGCACCAUCAUUAACUAUAACGAAUUCACAAUCUAUUCAACAUUUAGCACUUGUGCCAAAAGUUGAAAUAUCAACUAAUUCAAAAGCAGCAUCACGGAAAAAGAAAAAAAUAGUAAAGAAGAAACGAAAAAAGAAAGUUUUCAAAUGUGACUAUUGCCUUAAAAACUUCAGUACAGAUUGGUAUUUCAAAAUGCAUGUUGCUAUGCAUACAGGUGAAAAUCGGUUCACCUGCAAAAUAUGUAAACGAUUAUUUAGUAAUCGAUACGAUAUGAAGAAACAUAUAUCGAAUGAUCAUAAGAGUCAAAGCAUUAGUCCUAGUAUAUGUAAUCAGCAAAUUACUGAAGAUUCACAGACAAGCAACCUUGACAUACAGCAAGAAGUAAGAAAAGAAGAUAAAACAAAUGGAUACAUUAUUAUGCCUACUCAAGAUAUUGUCAAAAAUGUCAAAACAGAACUGCGUCAUGAAGUAUAAAUCAUUCCAGAUUAGCAACUCAUUGAAACAAAGAAACAAUUGUCUAGAUUAAAAAUACGUCUGUUAUAAAUUUCGAGUAAGUUAAUUUGUAAAAAUAUGCAUAAAACGUGCUUAAAUACUAUAGUUAAUCAAAUGUUAAUCUUUUAGGAGAAAAUUUUAUGUUACGCUGUACAAGCAUACAUGUGUUUCAUGUAAUUGUUUAUUUUAAUUUCUGAAGAAAUUAUUGCAAUAUUCUUAAAUUCUAUAAAACAAACGGUAAAGAAAAAUUGCUUGAUAUAUAUUUGGUUUAUUUAUAAAAAUAUAUUUACUUUAUUUAUGAAACGAUUCUAAAUAUUUUAAUGAAUAUUAUAGAAAAAUGUAUUAUAUGACUGAACAAAUUUAAUAUUUUUUAAAUGAGAACAAUUACAAAAGUCGAUGAAGAUUAUAUAUAUAAUAUUAUGAAAUUUUUCAAACUGUGAUAUAUGGCCAUCUUUCCACUAUAACUUCUUUUCAAAUUAUCUAAAAAUGUAUCGUCCUUGAUUGCAUAUUUAAUAUAACUUUAAGCACAAUAAUAACUUUUUAUACACUGAAAUAAAACUAUGAUUAUGCACGUGGACGAAAAUAAAAUAGACAUAUCUUAAAACGCACAAAAGAAUAAUUCAACAGAAAAGAGCUACGUGUAUAUUUUAGAACUAGAAAAUUUGUUAUUAAAUGUAAGAAUAUUUUAUAUGGAAAGAAAGUUAAAUGCCAUUUCUAAUACGUAGAUACAUGUAAGUUAUGUUGUGUUCCUUUUAUUUUCAAAUAAGUUGUUUAGUUGAAAGUAUUCAUUCACAUAGACUAAAAUUAAUAUACGAUGUAUAUUUAUCUAUACUUUUUUUUAUUAAAUUAUUUUUCACUUUUACUAUUUCCCAACGAGAACUAUGGUAACUUUUACAGAAAAUUAAACGCGUAAAUAUUUCCUUGCUAUUGAAUAAACUUAGUAUUUAGAAUAGGAUAUCAAUAUGAAAGAAUUUAAGAUUUUUAUAUCGUUAUAGAAGCUAAUUUGAGCUUCGUAAUUUAUGUUGAGAUUUUAGUAAAUGUUAACAGAAGAAUAGACGAAAUAUUUUGCAAAGAUAUAGUUCCUUGGUAAUAAAAAUGAAUAACAUGUG